CUAAUUGUGGCUGUAAUAUUUUGAUUUGUUGUAGGAGCACAUUAUUUUAGUUUUCUUAAAUAAAACUAGAAUUAAUUUAGAAUGUCAAUAGCGAAACGAGUGCAGCAAUGGGCGACAUUUGCGCGCACCUGGCACAUUUAUGAUUGCACUUGGCAAAACCCAUUUGAGUCCGCCGCCUUGGUCAAGACACAUCUAAUGGGACUGCACAAACCAAUAUAUCAUCCCAUGAUCUUUAAAAGAAGCUUGUGGACUACACAUCUGCAAACUCGCCAAGCUCGUCAACCAACUCAAUUGCUUCCAGUUUACAGCGUUCGCCUGCAUCAACGAAACAUGGGACGUUUAGGCACUGUUGAUCCUAGCUCCUACUCGCAGCCGGAGCUGAUUACCACUGAGCACACUCAGCUCAACUGGCAAGUGGACUUUGCGGCCACCAAGCUGCGUGGCAGCGUGGUGCACAAGUUCAACGUGCUGUCCAGUAAUCUAGAGAAGAUUCUGUUGGAUGUGCGUGAUAUAGAUGUAAAGAACGCCACGUUGCUGGCAGGCGGCACUGAGAUGCCAAUAAAUUACUUCAUCAGCGAACCUGUGCCCGAUAUUGGACAGAAGCUAACUCUGGAGCUGCCAUCUGGAACGGCAAAGGGCAGUCUUAACGUGCGCAUUGAUUACGAGACAGCUAGCAACGCCAGUGCUCUGCAAUGGUUGAACCCCACCCAGACGCUGGGCAAGAAGCAUCCAUACAUGUUUUCCCAAUGUCAGGCCAUACAUGCGCGCUCUGUGAUGCCUUGCCAGGAUACGCCAGCAGUAAAGUUCACUUAUGAUGCCACUGUGGAGCAUCCAGCUGAGCUGACAACGCUGAUGAGUGCGCUGAUUGACAAAAAAGAAUCGGGAAAAACGCAUUUUAAGCAGCAAGUGCCCAUACCCGCCUACUUGGUAGCCAUCGCCAUUGGCAAACUUGUCUCACGUCCGUUGGGCGAGAACUCCAACGUAUGGGCCGAGGAGGAUAUUGUGGAUGCAUGCGCGGAGGAGUUCUCCGAGACUUCUACCAUGUUAAAGACCGCCUCGGAUCUGUGCGGUCCUUAUGUAUGGAAGCAAUAUGAUUUGCUGGUUAUGCCGCCCUCAUUUCCAUUUGGCGGCAUGGAGAAUCCGUGCCUGACUUUUGUUACGCCUACGCUGUUGGCUGGCGACAAAUCACUGGCCAAUGUGGUGGCCCAUGAGAUUGCGCACAGCUGGACCGGCAAUCUGGUGACAAACAAGAACUUUGAGCACUUUUGGCUAAACGAAGGCUUUACCGUUUUCGUUGAAUCGAAAAUUGUGGGACGCAUGCAGGGCGCCAAGGAGCUGGACUUUAGAAUGCUGAGCAAUCUAACAGAGCUGCAGGAGUGCCUGCGCACACAACUUUCGGAUACUCCUGAGCUAACCAAACUGGUUGUGGAUCUGAGCAAUUGUGGACCCGACGAUGCGUUCUCCUCGGUGCCUUACAUCAAAGGCUCCACAUUUUUGCGCUACUUGGAGGAUUUACUGGGUGGCCCAAGUGUAUUUGAGCCUUUCUUGCGUGAUUAUCUAAAGAAGUUCGCUUACAAAUCAAUCGAAACUCAGGACUUUAAGAACGCUUUGUAUGACUACUUCAAGGACACGGACAAGAAGGAUAAACUAAGCGUUGUAAACUGGGACUUGUGGCUUACUUGUGAAGGCAUGCCACCCAUAAUACCCAAAUUCGACGAGUCCUUAUCCAAUGUCAGCAAGGAGCUGGCUACACUUUGGAGCAAGCAAACUGUUGAUGAACUGGCCAAGAACUCGACAAUUCAGCAAAAUAUUUCUAUACAUCAAUUAAUUGACUUCUUGGGCAAACUAAUUGAGAACAAGGACAUUGUUGAAUUAAACGAGCGUAAAAUUGAACUGCUGGAGAGCACCUACAAUUUGAAACAAUCCAAGAACGCCGAGGUGCGUUUCCGUCUUAAUCGCUUGAUUAUACGUGCGCGUCUUAUCAAGCGCUUGGAUGAAAUUAUUGAGUUUGCCAAUGGCAACUUCCGCAUGAAGUUCUGCCGUCCCAUCUAUCGUGAUUUGGGCAACUGGCCCGAGGCCAAGCCGGAGGCAGUGCGUAAUUUCCUAAGCGUUAAGGAUCAAAUGAUGGCCGUCUGCUCCCACACCAUCGAAAAGGACUUGGGCCUGAAGUAGUCUGUUUUAAACAUAAGACUUUAGCAUUUAAAUUAAAUUUUGCAUUUUGUAAAAAUGAAAACGAAUUAAGAGUUCAUAAUUAAAU